AUGUCGUCGUCUCCCGCGUUGGCGACCGAUGCGCUGUUCGCCGCGCUGGCGAAGCAUCCGCGCGUCACGGCGGGAGAUGGACAUCCCAUGCCGGAUCGCUGUAGAGUAGAGGAUCUUUUCGACUGGGAAGCUGUGGCCAAAGAGACCAAGAUGUCCCGCGAGGCUCUUCUGGAUGCCACCUUCGGCCCCGGUCCUCGCCGUGCGGGGCUGCUGCGCACGCGACGAGGAACUGCGCAGUGGCCGUUGACGGAGGAAGGUCGACGGCAGCUGGGGGUGUUGGUGAUCCCUGACUUCGUUCAGGAGGAUGAAGAAACCAAGAUUUUGGGUGAUUUCUUCGAUUCUGAAACUGGAGCAGGGCUUCCCUGGGAAGAACGAGAAGGGGGUGGAUACCAUGCAAGCUUCGGACCAACCUUUAUCCCAAAGUCUGGCUACAAGGUGGACAAAAGCAAGGCAUUCACGGAGCUACCAAGUGCGUUGGACUCCAUUCGCUCCCGCCUUCAGCGCCUCCUUCGCUUCGACGAUUUCGACGCCGACACCGUUAACGACGCCGGCGUGGCCGAGAGCCUGCGGCGCUACGCCAUGAGCGCCGCGACGCGCGGCGGGCGCCAGGGAGCGCUGAGCCAGGCCUUUGUGCAACGCUAUGAGUUGGAUGGGGAUGAGAUGACCUGCAACAGGAAACAGGCACUUGGGAUGCAUUUCGACUCUCGCAAUGCCAAUGCGGAGGUGGUCAUUGGCUUGAGUCUGGGAGAGGACCAAGGGCACAUCUUCUUCUCGCGCUCGGGUCCGCACAAGGGCCAGCCCUUUCCCCUCUCCUUGGCCAAGGCAUUGGAAGAGCGAGGCGAUGGCAUUUUGGUGGAGCUUCCGCGGCGAGCCUUGUACAUGUUCUACGGCUUCGCCCGCUACCACCUGCGCCACGGCGUCCCCUGGCACCACGACGCCGCGCGCGGCGGCUACCGCCGCGUCACCGUGACGCUGCGCAGCGUGCCGCGGCCGAUGCCGACCGCGGCGCCGGCGGCGAAGCGGCGGCGGAAGGACGGGGAGGAUGCGAAGCAGCGGCGGUUGAUGGAGAUGCUCCAAUCCUUCGCCCAACCCUUGGAAAAAGCGGCUCCACUGAUCGACCUCACUGACUGA